CAGGCGGCGGCCCGGUGGGCGCGCGCCAGGCCGGCAGCCAUGGCGGCGGCGGCGGAGCGGAGCCGCCUCAGCUUCCCGGGCGGCCCUGGGGCCCUGGGGCGGCCCGUGCCUAUGAACCUCUUCGCUACCUGGGAGAUCGACGGUUCCAGCCCUAGCUGCGUCCCCAGGUUGUGCAGCUUGACAUUAAAGAAACUGGUAGUCUUAAAGGAAUUGGAUAAGGAGCUUAUUUCUGGGGUCAUUGCUGUCAAAAUGCAGGGCUCCAAGCGCAUCCUGCGGUCUCACGAGAUUGUAUUGCCCCCGAGUGGACAUGUGGAGACGGAGCUUGCGCUGACCUUCUCGCUGCAGUACCCUCACUUCUUGAAGAGAGAAGGCAACAAGCUUCAGAUCAUGCUGCAGCGGCGGAAGCGAUACAAGAACCGAACCAUUUUAGGCUACAAGACUCUGGCUGUGGGGUCUAUCAACAUGGCUGAGGUCAUGCAGCACCCAACAGAAGGUGGCCAAGUUCUGAGCCUUUUCAGCAACAUCAAAGAGGCUGCAGUGAAGGUAGCAGAAAUCUGGAUCUUCUCCUUGUCAAGUCAGCCAAUUGACCAUGAAGACAGCACAAUGCAGGCCAGCCAGAAAAUCAAGUCUACAGACAACUAUUCCGAGGAAGAGUACGAGAGCUUCUCUUCUGAGCAGGAGGCCAGUGAUGAUGCCGUACAGGGCCAGGAUUUGGAUGAUGAUGAGUACGAGCUGGGGAAGCCCAAGAAGCAGCGGAGAUCGAUAGUAAGAACGACGUCCAUAACCAGGCAACAAAACUUCAAGCAGAAGGUUGUGGCAUUGCUGAAGAGGUUCAAAGUGUCUGAUGAGGUUCUGGAUUCAGAGCAGGACCCAGCAGAGCAUGUUCCAGAGGUGGAGGAGGACUUGGACCUUCUGUAUGACACACUGGAUAUAGAGAACCCCAGUGACAGUGGGCCAGAAAUGGAGGAUGAUGACAGUGUCUUGAGCACUCCAAAGCCAAAGUUAAAACCUUAUUUUGAAGGACUGUCACACUCCAGCUCUCAGACAGAAAUUGGUAGCAUCCACAGCAUCAGGAGCCAGAGAGAGCCAUCAAGUCCUCAGGUAGAAGUGCCUGAAAAGACAAAGAGUCUUGGAACCAAACAUGCAGGCGACAGUGUUUCUGACACUGUCUCAUAUGAGCCUAACCAGCAAGCUGAGGUCCCCGAAGCUGAACUUCCCACACCAGAUGUGUUUGUUGAGAAGCUCCCACCCAGCGGGAAGAUCACCAAGACAGAGUCCCUCAUUAUCCCAUCCACCAGCAGGUCUGAAGGGAAGCAGACUGGACGUCGGGGAAGGAGUACAUCUCUGAAGGAGAGGCAGCCUGUGAGGCCACAGAAUGAGAGAGCAAACAGUCUGGACAAUGAACGCUCUCCAGACACGCGGCACCACUUACAGAUCCCCAGGAAAACGGUGUAUGACCAACUAAAUCACAUCCUGGUUUCCGAUGACCAGCUGCCAGAAAACAUUAUUCUUGUCAAUACUUCUGACUGGCAAGGCCAGUAUCUGUCAGAUGUCUUGCAAAAGCAUACCUUGCCAGUGGUCUGCACAUGCUCUUCAGCGGAUAUUCAGGCAGCUUUCAGCACUAUUGUCUCCAGGAUACAGAGAUACUGUAACUGCAAUUCGCAGCCUCCAAACCCAAUUAAAAUUGCAGUGGCUGGAGCCCAGAAUUACCUCAGUGCUGUAUUGAGGCUCUUUGUAGAGCAGCUGUCUCACAAAACCCCAGACUGGCUUGGCUACAUGAGAUUUUUGAUCAUCCCUCUAGGCUCUCAUCCAGUGGCCAAAUACCUGGGGUCUGUAGAUUAUAGAUACAACAACUUCUUCCAAGAUCUAGCCUGGAGAGAUCUGUUCAACAAACUUGAAGCACAGACCACUGUUCAAGAAACACCUGAUGUUGUCUCCCGGAUAACGCAGUAUAUAGCAGGUGCAAACUGUGCACACCAAUUGCCCAUUGCUGAAGCAAUGCUGACGUACAAGCAGAAAAGGAAAAAGAGCUUUCAUUUUGAUUUUACCUUAAGCCCUGAUGAAGAAUCUUCGCAGAAGUUCAUUCCCUUUGUCGGGGUGGUGAAGGUUGGAAUAGUGGAACAAUCUUCUGCAACAUCAGGUGACUCUGAUGACGCAGCUCCCUCAAGCUCCAGUGUCCUUUCUUCUACCCCACCUUCUGUGUCACCUGCUGUGAAAGAAGCCUCCCCCACACCACCUUCCUCACCGUCUGUCACAGGCAGCUUCUCUUCCUCAAGCCAGAGCGUUGGUGCUGAGUUGAUGGGCCUCCAGGUGGAUUACUGGAUUGCAGCUCCACCCAUGGACAGAAAGAGAGACCCAGAGAAGAAGGACCCCUCGACUACCAAAAACACACUGAAAUGCACUUUCCGGUCCCUCCAGGUCAGCAGGUUACCUGCCAGCGGUGAGAUUGCCACCACUCCAACAAUGUCCAUGACUGUUGUGACAAAAGAGAAGAACAAGAAAGUGAUGUUUUUGCCCAAGAAAACAAAAGACAAGGAGAUUGAGUCAAAGAGCCAGUGUAUUGAAGGAAUCAGCAGGUUGAUUUGCACAGCAAAACAUCAGCAGAACAUGCUGCGCGUCCUCAUUGAUGGGGUGGAGUGGAACGACGUCAAGUUCUUUCAGCUGGCAGCACAGUGGUCCUCUCAUGUCAAGCACUUUCCCAUCUGCAUAUUUGGACACUCCAAAUCUAACUUCUAGCCGUGCUCGGCAGAGGGACCUUCUGUCCGUCCCGGGACUGCACACCAGGAGCCAGGAACUGCGUGCCAACUCUGACUCGCAUCUCUCUGCCCUCUCCUGCAGAAUUAAUUACAGAUGUGCUUGGAUUACUUUCGAAUUACUUUUUUCUAUUAACUCUUAAGUUUACUACAAGGGAAGGAAACCCCUUUAAACAAAGGCAAAAAAAACCCAGUCUUAAAUAUAGAUGUGCUGACAACAUGAAGUCGUGGGGGAGUUGGCAGGAGCAGGCAACCUGCCCAAGAACACCUACUACUUACAAGCAGAGAGCUGAAUAACUGCACUGCUUAUUAACCUUGAGACCUCAUUGGUGUGAGUGGUCUGGGGGAGCCAUGGAUCAGCUUGAGUGGAUUUUGCGGAAGAUCAUGCGGUGUGUUUGGCCCCCUCCUGUUUCUUUCCAGGAAAGAAAAGAUGGCCAUUCUUUUUUCCUGCUGCCAAAGGAUGAGAGAUCAGCAAGUCUGGAGGGAGUUCAACUGUCUGGCUUGAAAAACAAACCACUUGUGUAGCUGGAGAGGUCUGGGGAGGAGAUCCCCAAGUCUGCCAUGGGGACGGGAAGGUGUUUGUGCUGAAGUGAUGCCUGAGGAGAGUUGGACAGGAACUGGAAUUAGGGAAACACUAUGUGUAAGGAAACUCCAGUGUCCCAGGUCUGCGACAAUGACCAAACCGAGCCAGUCAUGAAGUCCCCGCAGCUGGCUGUGCAGCUGAGGGAUGCCACGUCAGUGGGGUCGCUGCUAUUUACAUACUCACACUGAUUAUUUACCUGUCAAUAAAACCUCGUCCAGCCUCUAAA